AUGUCGCGUCAACUCAUCUCCAGCGAGAAGUUUCCCACUAAACCACACAAUUGCCCCGCCACGAAAGUCCCAGGGCUAGUCUUCUGUGCUGGACAAACAGCUACUGGAGAGAUCAAGCAAGCCACAAGAAAGGUUCUCCAAAACCUCAAAGAGGUUCUCGAGCUAUCCGGUUCGUCGCUUGAACAGGUUGUCAAAUAUAAUGUCUACCUUGCAGACAUGAAGGAUUUCGCGGCGAUGAAUGAGGUGUACAUCGACUUUUUACCUCAGCCGAUGCCUUCGAGAUCAUGCCUGCAGGCGUUACCUCCUGGUGAUGGCACCGUGAUUGAAAUUGAGUGCAUAGCCCAAGUUUGA